CGCGUGUGAUUCCAUUUGGCGCCAAAAUUUUCAGUUCGUUCCAAUCUUGAAGACCUAACAGAACUUCUUCCAGAUUCUUCGAUUCCAUUCCAUCCAUGGCCACCCAAGCUCUUCCUCCUCCUAAUUUCUCCGAGGAUGCAGCUUGGCUUCCAUGUUGGCUUCAGAAUCUUGGAAAGGUGUCUCAAGCUCCUUCCGACCUAGCAGCGAAGGAUCUGGUACCUUCUCAAGAGAAUGGUGGUGGUGGAAAGGACUUUAAUGCAAGGGAAGAAGAUAGAUACAAAAGUUGCCAUUUAUUCUUAUCUGGAGAUGAUAGUUCACCCUUUAGCGUGGCUCCAUCUCCUGGAAAUGUAUUUCACUUUAGUCUGCGUCUUUCUUCAGAUGUUGACUCGUUCUUUUACCCAACCCAAGAUUUGAAUCAAUCUCAUGAUGCAGUUGCACCAAGUAAAGCAGUGUCAUCCCAACUGGCUCAACCUUCCAAGGAUUGUAGAGAGAAGUUGCACUCUGUGAGCUACCACCGUGCCUGUGAACAAGAUGUGUUGGCUGCCCCUGAAAUUGUGGAAAAGGAUGCUUCAAUAUCUCCCAUGGAUAUAACUCAUAUAAGUGAUUCUGUAAGGCAUCAGCAAGAAAAAUCUGAAGUCGACCGUUGCAAAAGUGCUGAUGUUAGUAAUGCAGUUGAGCUUUCUAUUGCAGCAUCAGAGGCAUUGGUCAUACAUGAUUUAGUAAAAAUGGAAUCAGUUUCAGAAACGAGUACAGAAGCUGUACUUGAGGUUGCACUUCGUGUGAAGCAGGCACGACUUGAGGGGUUAGAAGAUGACUUCCAUUCUUCAUGUGAGGAAUCUGAUUGUAGUGAUUCUCUUUCUGAUUUGAAUGAUUCCUUUAUGGAAGAUGCCUAUAAAGAUAUAGGUUUAUCUAUUGGUGUUUCCUUUGAGGAAAAUCUAUGCAGUCCAGCUAUAUUUCAAGCAAAAGGUGUGUCUAGUGCUGAAAAUUAUGAUGGACGCAACCACAAACAUAGUGAUAGAGGGCUUACAUCCCAACUUGCUAAUUUUGAUGAUAAAUCUCAACCAAAUCAGUUAGAAGUCCAUGUGGAGUUGGAGAUGCAGCAAAAUACAGACUCAUCUCUUGAUUCUGUACAUGGUGAGAGCGAGAUGCAUUCUAAUGAUCCAGGUCUGGGUGCAAAUACUCCACAAGAUUUUGCAAAUGCUCUUCUUAUGCCUCAUCAAUACAUAGAGAAUAAUACCAAUGUUUUAGCCCUCAACCAGGCACUUGCUUUGACUAUGGAUGAUCUGACUUCAAUCAAGCAACAAAACAGUGUCAACUCUUCAUUUGUUGAGACUUCUGGGAGUUCUAAAAAAGAGAAUUGGGCAACAUACCUAGCUCCAGAGAGAUUUAGAAGCCGCUGGUUAGGGGGCUGGACAAGCAAGGAAUUAGAUUCAUCUUCAUUGAAUCGGAAUAAUGCAGAACGGAUUCCAAAGUUUGUUGCCAGAGAGACAAGCUUUCUCACAGAAUCUGUAGAUAUUGUCCCAGAUGAGAACUCUUGUGUGCUGAAACCUGAUCCGAAGUGUGCCAGAAGUUCUCAACUAAGUAUGGCUUCUGAAAGUAUACACAACAAACCUGAUGAGAGUGUAUUGCAUUCUCAAGAUGUGGUCACAUGUUCUAAUCUAUCACUGGUUGAUCCUCUGUGUUCAGUAGUUCCAUGUAGCAUUGCUUCAGAACAUGCCAAUGACAAAAAUCAUGCUGACAAAGAAAAUGAUACUGAGGAUUUUGUCCCAUCUACCUCUGAAUUUGAGGUUGACAAUUUUCAAAGGAUUUCAGAUAAGAAUUUUACAUGUGACAGUAGAGAUAAAAAAAUUAUGUCUAUACUAGAUGGGGAAGAUAUUCCAAUUACUCCAAUUGAGGUGGUUAAACAAAUGAGUGAAAAGUUAACUAGGGUUGAGCAUACGGGUCUUAAGACUUAUAGCAUGAUUUUGCCAAACCAAGCUCUUAACCUAAAUUGUAAUUUGAGACCAUUUCCCACUGAGCAGAGUAGGGAUGGUGCAUCUUUGAGUACUAGGAUUCCCGAGUCUCCUGCAUCCAAGCAAGCAGAUGGAAACAAAAAUGAAGAAAAUCAUCUAUAUUUGGUUGAUCAUACGUCAGUUAAAGAAAUAACAGAUGACCAGAGUGAUGAGUUAAAACUAAAGGAGACAGAAACGACACAAGAAAGGAGGUCACCUCUUAUUCUAAACCACAGGAUGCGCCGCCGCUUGGUUGGUGCUAAAAAUGUUGUAAAUGAUAUCAGUACAGAAACAAAUAUAAAACAGAAUGAAGUACCAGAAGCUGCCGUUCAGCCUCAACAGAACAAUAACCUUAAGGAGCUACAGCUUGAGUGCAAUAAAAUUCAUGGUAGACAUGUUAGAGUCAGAAAGCAAGUACGUUUCUCAGAAAAAGUGGAGGAACUUCAUCAAAAAAGGAAAUUUUCAAAGUUGGAAUCUUCACUUAAAAGAUGUUCAUCUGUUACAGCAAAAAGGCCACGGGCAUCGAAAUCAUUGACCACUUCUGUACCUCAUAAGAAAAACUCUUUAACAAAUUAUUGCAGAAGUGUAGUGAAUGAAUUUAUAUUUAAAGGUACAGAGUUCCUCCUCACUGGAUUAUCUAGUCAGAAGGAAAGGGACACGGAAGCACUUAUAAGAAAUUCUGGUGGGGUGGUACUUUUUGAUAUUCCUUCUCCUCCAAAUUCAAGGGGAAAAAGAAGUUCAACCUUAUCUCGUAUGCAGCUUCCUAUUAUUCUAUGUAGGAAAAAGCUACAAACCAUCAAGUUCUUGUAUGGCUGUGCUGUUGGUGCCUCAAUACUAAAAGUUGAUUGGCUUAACGAUUGUCUUGCCUCUGGAACUAUUUUACAACCUGAGAAAUACAUGAUUCUUCCAAAUCGAAAGGACAUGCAAUGGACCAGUAUUGGGACGGCAGUUCGUCAUAGAAACCGAAAGCAUGUUUUUGAAAGAGUAGGUGUUAUGCUUCACGGGAAGCCUAGCUUCUGCACCAAAUUAGCAUGUAUUAUUAAGCAUGGAGGUGGACAGGUGUUCAAAACUCUUCAAUGGUUAGUACGGAGCACUGAUGAACAGAGGACUUCGGUGGGAGUUAUUGUCAUUGAAGAUAAGGCUACGAUAUCACGUCAUCUGAAGCACUGCGCUCUGGAGAGGGCUAUUCCUACUAUGCCUUGUAGCUGGAUCAUUGAGAGCUUAUAUUUGGGAAAGUUGCUUCCAUUCACGGAAGAAAACAACGCAAAUUCAUUGCCAUUUGUUAAAGUCCCUGAUGUUCCAUGUGCUGUGGAUAUGAGUGAAGAAAUAUAAAAUUUUGUUUUAAGCUGCUAUUUAUUAGCCCAGACAAUGAAUAAGUAAGUAGUGUAACCAUGAUUGUGUCCAAAAUAACUGUGCAUAUUAAUGUAGGACUAGAUAGACAUGCACCCGCAGGUUGUACAACCGGGUAAAUGAAAUGAUUCGAUUUUUAGUUAAAAAUGUAUAAUAAAUCCUGCAUGUUUUUUUUUUGGCUUUUUGUAUAUGCAAAGGUAUCUUUAUCCUGAAGCAGAGAACUUGUCAUCCAAUAAUGAUCUCAGCAAUCGCCAACCCUUUGCGCAGAUAAACAAAGAUAGUUUAAACUUCAAACCAAAUAUUAACAUGGACUUAGCAUAACAAACUAGCAUUUUAUUUUUUUGGUUU